CACAAACAAACCUGACAACAUGGCUGCCAGAUUCCUGACCUUCUCCGCCCUCGUGGCUGCUGCCGCUGCUGUGGCCGUCCCCGUGGUGCCUGUCGCUAAGCUGGCAUACGCUCAGCCCGAAGCACCCGCUCAAUACGAAUACACAUACUCCGUCCACGACAGCCAAAGCGGUGACGUGAAACAACAACAGGAGUCUCGCUCUGGUGACGCCGUGCACGGCUCAUACUCUCUCGUGCAGCCUGAUGGUGUACACCGCAUCGUUGAUUACACUGCUGAUGACGAGCACGGUUUCAACGCUGUCGUCCGUUACGAGGGUACCCCCAUCGCACAAGCUCCAGCCAAGGUCGCCUACGCCGCUCCCGUCGCCAAGCUCGGCUACGCCGCUCCCGUCGCCAAGCUUGCCUACGCUGCUCCCGUCGCCAAGCUCGCCUACGCUGCCCCUGCCACCAAGAUUGCUUACGCUGCUCCCGUAGCGAAACUCGCGUACGCUGCCCCCGUAGCCAAGGUCGCCUACUCUGCUGCUCCUGCUCAGGUCACCUACGCCCACGCCCCAGCCCAAGUAACCUACGCUCAGGCCCCCGCUCAGGUUACCUACGCUCAGGCCCCCGCUCAAGUCACCUACGCGCACGCCCCCGCUCAGGUCACCUACUCCCAGGCUCCUGCUCAGGUCACCUACUCCCAGGCUCCGUCUCAAAUCUCUUACCAGCACACCCCAGUGUACGCUGCGGCUCCCGUCGCCAAGGUUGCGUACGCCGCUGCUCCCGUAGCCAAAGUAGCGUACUCUGAAAACCUUGGCCACGUGACCUUCUCCUCCCCUGCCGUAUCUUACCACCACUAAGUCAUAAGAAGCU